CCCGGAUGAGAGGCGAGAGAGAGCAGACACUAACUACUGUUGGAGGAGAGAAGAGAAAGAAGAGAGGAGGAUAACUCACCUGUUGAACAGCAGCAGCGCUUUGGUUUUAAACACAGUUUUUAAUAUAUAGUUCACUUGUUUUUUCAAUCUCUGAGAGUCUUCAGGAUGACGGACACUCUUUUACCAAACGGCAUCAAAGACAGCGGAGGAGACGGUAGUUACUUCAGAAAGGGUUGUAACCCGUGCGCCCAGACUGGACGAAGCAAAGUGCAGAAUAAACGAGCCUCUCUGAACCAGCAGAUCAUCAAGCAGAUGAGGAUGAGGGCCGGAGCUGAGAACCUGCUGAAGGCUACGUCUAACAACAAGGUCAAAGAGAUGGUUCUGUUGGAGCUGAGCUACGUUAACUCCAACCUGCAGCUGCUGAUGGGAGAUCUGGAAGGACUCAACAGCUCAAUGGAGGUCUACCAGAACACCCAGGAAACAGCCAACAUCCCCCUCAUUGCUCUGGGUCUGAAGGAGACAAAAGACACUGACUUCUCCACUCUAUUCAAGGACUUCAUCUUGGAGCACUACAGUGAAGACGGGAACAGUUUUGAAGAGGAGAUUGCUGACCUGAUGGACCUGCGACAGGCUUGCAGGACGCCAAGCCGAGACGAGGCCGGGGUGGAACUGCUGGCGAAAUACUCCAGCCAUCUUCCUCUGAUGGAAACCCGAUUCUUCUCCCCAUCCCGCCAGACUGGCAUCUUCUUCACCUGGUACGACUCCUUCACAGGGGUGCCGGUAUGCCAACAGAACCUGUCCCUGGAGAAGGCCAGCAUCCUCUUCAACAUGGCCGCUCUCUUCUCUCAGAUCGGCACCCGUAGUGACCGACAGACGAUAGCCGGACUGGAGGAGGCCAUCUCUUCCUUCCAGAAAAGUGCAGGUAUCCUGAACCUCCUGAAGGAAACAUUCACCCACACUCCCAGCUACGACAUGAGCCCAGCCAUGCUCAGUAUGUUGAUUCGGAUGAUGCUUGCUCAGACUCAGGAGUGCCUGUUUGAGAAGACUGCGCUGCCUGGGAUCCGAAACCAGUUCCAAUCCCUGAUGAAAAUGGCCCAGGAGGCUGCAAAGGUCUCAGAAAUCUACGACCAAGUCCAUCAGUCCAUGAUCCAGACGCCAAUCAAAGACAAUGUCCCGUUCUUCUGGUCCACCAUGUCGCAAGUCAAAACCAACCACUACCGCUCCAUGGCACACUACUUUGUCGCCUCGGCGCUCCUGGACCACGAGUUGGGUCUCAGUGACGACGAGGACCAGCAGGAGAAGACCUUGUCACAGGUCUACGAUCGCCUUCCCGAGGGACGCUCUCCUCUUGACAUCCUGAAAAGGAAAGAUGAACGUGAACGCAUUGGUAAAGCACACAUUCGUCGGGCCAUACGGGGUCACGAGGAGGCUCUAAGGAUCUAUAGUUUGUGCCACCACUUGAACAAGCUGGAUAUCCUACACGACAUUUUAAAAGCCAGUCUCCAGCGCUCGCUCAACAAGUGCAGCGAUAAUGAAGACGAGGAAGAGUUCGCCGACUACACGGAGGCCCCAGACAUCAUCUCUAAAACAGAGCACAAAGCAGAGAUGGAGGUUCCCACAAGCACAAAGGUGAAAGUCACCGACUUCUUCCAGAGGCUGGGCCCACUGUCAUUCUUCUCAGCCAAACAGCGGUGGACAGCCCCACGGUCAAUACAACUCCGCCCAGAAGACAGAGACCUGGGCUUCACCCUGAAAGGAGAAACACCGGUCCAGGUGGUUUCGUUGGACCCGCUCUGCCGAGCUGCUGCUGACGGUCUGAAAGAGGGCGAUUACAUUGUUGUCGUGGGUGACACUGAUUGCAGAUGGAUGGGCGUGAGCGAUGUGAUGCGGCUGCUGAAGGAUUUGAACGAGGAGGGGAUUGAGAUCCAGGUGGUCAGCGUUAUGGACAACAACCUUCCAAUGCCUACCAAGAGUGCCACCUUCUGCGGAAACCUGCCUAAGACCUACUCGAUGAUUUGUCUGGCCUUCGAUGACGACGACAAGAACUCUAGGUCCCGAAAAGUGAGCAAGAAGUCCUCCUUCCUCAACUUUGCCCUGAAGAACAAGCUGAAGAGUGCCAGCACCCUCAGCCUCCCCACAGCUGACCACUCCGGUACCCUUCCCUGGAAUAAGCCCUGUCCCACGUUCCCCAGCUCCAGCUCCUACAACAACAACGACAGUGCCCUCUACUGAGCUAGCUGCAGACUGUUUACUAUCUGCAAGCAUCGUGCAGUAUGCAUAGGCCUAGUACUGUAUGGCUGUAUACAGUACUGUGUUGUACGCAUACUGGACCUGUUAUGGUACCCUUUGGUGUCUCCACUGGAAUACUGAGCAGUAAUGUAUGUAGCUUACAUUUCACCAGUGUAAUGAUGACAUUUCUGCAAACUACCUUGGAAAGUGGCUGUGCCAAAUACUGUAUAUCGGUGCCUUUUGGUGGUACAUGGGCACCUUCCCAGCACAGUUCAGCAUCUGAAGUAAACUGGGCUGCACACCAAAAAUAAUGGGAAAUCAUUCUGUAUAAUGCCAGUAUGCGUACAGCACAGUACAACUGCACUGUGGGAAAAAAAACAUACCAGUUAUCAUUCCAGUCUAUAUAUAUAUUCACUCACACACACACACACACACACACACACACACACACACACACACAGCACUGAGACAGGCCUCGAAGUUAAACUUUCAUCUCAGUAUGUUUUCUUGAAGAAACGCUCCAGACGAAUUGAAGGACGAAAACACACCCAGUGUCGGUUUCCACUUUACGGCAAGGGGGUAAUUUGAUUGUGGCUCAAAAACAGUCCCUUGUUAGUUCCAUUGUGUACUGAUGUAGCUGUGCACUGUGCAGUUAUGUUCUCUGUGUAUCCUAUGAUACAUGUUUCAUACUGUAUAUGUGAAGGAUUAGGUCAUUGCCACGAAAUUUUGUUGCAUUCAGUCGAUCGGUUUUUGGGAUUUGAAAUACAUUUUCUAAAUAGAUAUGUAGAUGUUAUGAACAUUGAUUGACGGGGAAAACAAAUUGCGCUGUGGUGCAGUUGUUUUUUUUUGUCUGGGGAGAGUUGAAUGCAAUGUUCUAUAAGCUGCUAAAAAAAACAACUUAUAUCUUAUAUUAUUGUCACUUUUGUUGUUGUUUGAGACAGCCUUUUUGAGGAUUUCUGCUUAGUGUCAUGCCUGGGACACAGUGUAAAUGGAAAUAUUGGUAUUUUAGGUUUACUUAAUGUACCAGUUAUGCCACAGACCAAAAUGCCUCCCUAUCGUGCCAGGGUGUACCAUUUACCAUCCUGACUCAUCUUACCCAGUUCUUUUAUCAGUGCUGCUGCCGUCUGGCAGUUUGUCCAUUUGUGAGAAAAGCGUGAGCUGCGUGUGUCUCUCUGUUAAAUGUGAAUCUUGAUGUAGUUAAAAAAGUUAAUAUGUCUCCAGAAGGGAAGAAUGUGGGCGGACCGAUGACAUUCCUGCAUCGUACCUGGACAGCCGGUCACCAAACAGUGACCUUGAUCAAAGCCCGCAGUCAGUUUUUCUACUAUUUGUCUCUUAAUCCAAGUCACAUCCCACAUUUUACUGACACUUUGCCGUGUUGGACUAUCUCUUUAUCUACAAAGUAGAUUCUUAUACACAUUUGAUAAUCAAAUUAUUUAUAUAAUAAAAAAAAAAAAAUACACACACAAAAAAAUAAUAAAUAUAUAUAUAUAUACUUGUACGUUGUAGGUUUCAGAGUUUGUGAAUGGUCAAGUUGUGAAUUUUUGCACGUUGGAUUUCUUGGUUGGUUUCUUGGAGGAAUGUAUUUUACUAGCCUUGCUUAAUCCUUUUGGUGAACUAUAUAAUAUACUGGUACAUUUUGUCUAUGUAAAGAUAUCUUAAAAGUUUUUUUUUAACAGUAACACUGAGAAGAUGUAACUCUUUACUGUCUCUGUUUACCCUAAUGUGGAGUCUUAAGUGCCAUUUAUGCUUAAUCAUGAAGGAAAUUGUCACAAUAUGUGUAUAACAAGAAUGCAGUAAAUAAUAUUAAUAAGUGCUAACAGGGGAUGUUGUAGACUUAGCAGAUCUUUCCGUGCAUUUCACUGUGCAUGGUGAUCUUAAAUGCCUUGGUCUAUGUGCAGAGGGGUUAUGGUACCUGUUUUUCUAAAGGUUUCAGGUUGCUUCUCUCUCUGUAUUUUGUGCUGCAUAGCGAACUGUGGCGUCAAUGCUUUGUCUGUAAGUCUUUUGUGUCAUUUGUAUAAACUCAAAUCUCAAUAAAAGAGGGGGACAAAACA